AUGGAUAUGCUUUUGAAUAAUCAAACAACGAGCUAUAAUGACGAUCCUAAUCGUCUAUGGGUCGAGAUUGAUCGAGGUAUUCGUUCUAAAGAAGCUCAACGACAAUUUGAGGCUAUACUCAAAAUGCCUGGUCUAUUCAAAAAAGAAACAACAUCAACAACACUUAUCUCAGCAGCUCUCAUAAAAUUGGCAACACUUUUUCAAGAAGGAACCAAUGAAAUGCGUUUGAAUGUUACCAAAGUUCUCGAUCGCGUAGCAAAUCAAUUACAAAAAUCUUCGAUGCUUGAUGAUCCUAUCAAACUUAUCUAUUCUGUUAUGCAUAGUAACGAUUGUAUUGCACGAGCGUUAACACUAAGAGCUCUUGCUAUGAUGCCACAUAUAUUAGCGGACGAUGUCGAAGCACAUUUACAUAUUCGUCUUGCAUUAGAUUCUAAUGAUGAAAUUGAAAUUUUGGCUGCGGUUAAAGCUGCAAAAAAAUUUAUUCCCUGUUCAAAAACAUUUGCCAUGUCCAUAAGUACAAAACUUGUAUCGUUAAUUGAAGAUUUAACUACACCAUUAACAAUCAAAUCUUGGCUUAUUCCACUCUUUGAACAUAUGACACAUGAUGCAACAGUGUCGAUGAAAGGUCGUCAGCUUUUAAUUUCAUUGAUAACCAAAGAUACAACAGAAGAAUUUCUUCAAAUAGCUGUUCCAACAUUAGCUCGAUUGGCUGUUAAAAGUCACAUUGAAAUUGGUGAAACAGUAAAAUUUUUUCUUAAAUUUCUUAAACUUGAACCACGUCGAAAUUGUCGUAAACUCAUUCUCCGCCAUCUUGUUCCUAUUGCUAGAUGUGGUCCUAUUGUCUGGCUCGAUUCUACAACAGAAGAUCUUAUUGCAUUUGCAAAUGAUAGUGAUGAUGAUUAUGUACGAUUACAAGUUUUACGUAUUAUUGAAGUACUCAUUACUGGUGGCAGUUAUAUUACUCCUACAUCUACAUCAGAUUUGAAAAAGCUACUUCAAAUGUUCACUAUACAUAAUAAUAUUCCAGUUGCUUAUCAAUGUUGUUCAACAACGCUUCGAAUCAUUCUUAAAUACCGUAAUAUAUCUUCAAUGGAGUCUCAAAAUAAUGAAUUGUUUUCAUCUCACCAUGUUCUCGAUGAUUUAAUUGAACAUCUUAAUACAGCUUUAGCUGUUCUUCUUACUGACGUUAUUCAAGCCAACGAGCUAAAAGAAUUACAAAAUACUUUGAAUUUAAUUGAACAAUUAUCCAGAGUCUAUAAUGAAAGUGCACAAAAUUGUAUACACCUACUUUUUACAACAUGUGCUAAUGUUGAAAAUCCGGAAUUAUUAUCAUAUUUAGCAAAAUCACUUGUUCGUUUAUCUACGAAUCAUAAGGAAAUAAUUGCCAAUGAAACUAUACAAUUGUGUCGUUUAUUAGCAAAUUCAUCGUUGAAUGAUGAUGUUCGAUAUAAUCUACUUGCUUUAUUUGUUCUAUCAAAUCCAAAUGAUAUCAACGAAAUUCACGAACAUGUUAAACAACUUUCACCAUGGAAAUGUUUUUUACUUGCUCGCUGGUGUAUAAGACAUUGUUUAUUUAAAUUAGCUAUCGAUCUAUUACAAAUGGUAAUUAAUUGUGUGAAUAUAUCAAUACAUGAAAUAUGGCUUCAAACAUUAAUGGACAUAUGUCGUGCCGAAGAACGAUUACAAACAACAAUGAAUUCUUCGAAAGAUGAUUUACAAGUUUUAUGUGAAAAUAUUGCUGAAGCUGGUUCGUUCUACGAAUCAAGUUUGAUAAAAAUGCCUACAACAGUAUCGAUUGAUGACAAUAAACAUUCCAUAGAUGCAACAUUUGAUUUCGAACGUGCUUAUUGCGAUAUACGGUCAUCGAUAAUUCAUCAAUUUUAUGAACUAAUUCAUGUCAUAUAUCAAUAUGAUUUAGGAAUGAUUAGUUUCGAUUUACUUGGAAAACGAAUGCUUUCUAUUAUGGCUCAACGUUUUUCAACGAUUAGUUCAAAAAUCGAUGAUAUCCAACAAUCAUGUUUCGAUGGUGAUGCUCAAACAUUAUGGUGUCUGACAUUUAAUCGCUUUCUUUGUGAUUUUAUUUUUGCUGUUAUCGAACGAAUUGUUCGGCAUGUUUCACUCGAUAAAACUACUUGGGAAGAUCGACUUAAUGAGAUGUCUUGGCGUGAUGGAUUUACUGAACAAAUGUUUAUUCGUUUUCGACACGUUGUCGAUUUUGUAUGCAUUCGAUUACAGAGUAAAAAAACAACGAAAAAGAAUGCUAAUAUCGAUGAAGAAUUAGCUGUUCUUCAAUAUUUAACCAGUUCAUUGAUAACAAUUCCACCACCUAUUCCACGAAUGUUCUUUCAAAAACUGCAACACACUGUUGUUAAAUUAGUUGUAUCGCCGAACGAAAAUGAAGAUCGUCCUGUACAUGAAUCUGAUGCAUUACUACCUGUUCAAAUUCAUGGUGAAAUCGAUGCUACAUAUCAUCAUUUACCAUUGCGUACUGUAAAGCAAGUGUUUGUCGAAGUCUUAACGAGUCAACAGAUGAAUAAAAAAAACAAAUCGAAAAUUCCCGUACUGGAUCAAAUUACAAAUGAUGAUUCCUAUCGAGGAGCUAAAGCAUCACUUUUUUCAGCUGAUUCAACACUUUCAAAAAUGAUGGACAGUGAAAGUGAUCAUUACGAGAAUGUGAUUUUAAAUGAAGAAUUAAAAGAUAAUAGAUUUCAUGCUGGUUUCAUCUUACAUCUUGGUAGUGUUACAAAUUACAAUAUUCAUGUACGCGUAUCUUUUGAAGACAAUAGUGGACAACGAUGGACUAAUGUUGCAGAAAAAGCAAUUUGUAUCAAACUGAAUAAUCGACGACAGCCUCGAUCAUCAAUAGCUACUCGUCCUAGUCUUCAACAACUACGUUCGACUGGCGGAGUCAAUUAA